AUGAAGAUGACUAGAACACCCGGAGGGAAUAGUUCAAUUGUAUUUGGAAAUGAUGAAUGCAAUAUGACAGUAAAUGUGAAAAGGGAAGUAGUUGGGGUUAGUGAUAAGUUAAUCAAAACCGUAACAAGUGAAUCAGCUCCAAGGCUAGAGGACCCAUUGCCUAGAAGUGAUGUUCCACGAUCAUGUAUAAAAGUGAACCAGCCCCCAGGUGGAAGAUCACAGGUUUUUCUUGGUUAA